AUAUGUGUGUGAAAAAUGACAGAGGCUAUAAACUCAAUCAGUUGUUCAAUCUGUUUAGGUCUACUGAAGGAUCCAGUAACUAUUCCCUGUGGACACAGUUACUGUAUGGGCUGUAUUAAGGACUGUUUGGAUCAGGAAGAUGACAAGGGUAUCUACAGCUGCCCCCAGUGCAGACAGACCUUCAUACCAAGACCUGUUCUAAACAGGAACACCAUCCUGGAUGAAUUGGUAGAGAAUCUGAAGAAGACAAGACUCCAUGCUGUUCCUCCUGAUCAUUAUUAUGCUGGACCUGGAGAUGUGGAUUGUGAUUCCUGCACUGGGAGAAAACUCAAAGCUGUCAAGUCCUGUCUGGUGUGUCUGGCCUCUUACUGUGAGACUCACCUCCAGCCUCACUAUGAAUCUCCUGCCUUUAAAAAGCACAAGUUGGUCCAAGCCUCCAAACAACUACAGGAGAAGAUCUGUUCUCAUCAUGACAAACUACUGGAGAUUUACUGUCGUACUGAUCAGCAGUGUAUCUGUUAUCUUUGUAUGUUGGAUGAACAUAAAGGACAUGAUACAGUCUCAGCUGCAGCAGAAAGGACUGAGAAACAAAGACAGUUUGGGGAGAAAUAUUUGGAAUCCCAGAAGAGAAUUGGGGAGAGAGAGAAGAAGAUACAGGAGUUGAGACAGACUGUGGACACUCUGAAGCACUCUGCACAGGCAGCAGUGGAGGACAGUGAGAGGAACUUUACUGAGCUGAUCUGCUACAUUGAGAAAAGACGCUCUGAGUUGAAGGAGCUGAUCAGAGCUCAGGAGAAGGUUGAAGUGAGUCGGGCUGAAGGACUCUUGGAACAACUGGAGCAGGAGGUUGCUGAGCUGAGGAGGAGAGAUGUUGAGUUGAAGCAGCUCUCACACACAGUGGAUCACAUCCAUUUCCUCCAGAGUUUCCAGUCUCUCUGUGUCUCUCCUGAGUAUGAGUUCUUACCCAGUAUCACUGUCUAUCCACAUAUCUACUUUGAGCAAGUCAAGAAAUCAGUCUCUGAACUGAAAGAUCAAAUACAGGAUGUAUGCAAAAAGGAACUGGACAGGAUAUCUUGGGAAGUUACUACAGUUCAGAUUGGACCACCUGCUGAGCCCAAGAUCAGAGAGGAUUUCUUAACAUAUUCCUAUCAGCUGACAUUGGAUUCCAAUUCAACAAAUAAGUACCUAUGUCUGUCUGAGGGGAACAGAAAGGUGACAUGGAGUAAUAAGGUUCAGUCCUAUCCUAACCAUCCUGACAGAUUUACCAUCUUUACCCAGGUGUUGUGUAAAGAGGGUCUGUCUGGAGUCUGUUACUGGGAGGUAGAGUGGAGUGGGGAGUGUGUUAACGUAGCCAUCUCAUAUAAAGAGAUCAACAGGAAAGGAGGUGGUCAUGAGUGUUGGUUUGGUGGUAAUGAUCAGUCCUGGGUGUUAUUCUGCUCCACAUCCAGAUGUUGUUUCAUCCACAAUAAUACCAGGACUGAUAUCCAUGUCCCCUGCUCCUCCAGAGUAGGAGUGUAUCUGGACCACAGGGCAGGAACUCUGUCCUUCUACAGUGUCUCUGACACAAUGACCCUCCUCCACAGAGUCCAGACCACAUUCACUCAGCCACUCUAUCCUGGGUUCAAUGUUUAUAAUGGAUCUGUGAAGAUACUAACACCUAUUCAGUGAUACAUCUAUCAGUCUGUUUGUAUCAAUGUAUGAAUGAUUAACUGUGGCUUAAGUUUGAUUUAAGAUUACAGAUAUCAUAUAGAACAGCAUGAUACAGUUACACAUUUGCAUCUACACAGGUUUCAAUCAAAUCAAGUGCAAUAGAGUUAGCCAGAGAUCUGAGUUCCUGAAUGAACAAAUAAUGAGACAUGCCCCCCAAUGGUUUGGUAAUAAUUAUCAGUCCUGGAUGUUAUCCUGCUCUACAUCCAGAUGUUGUUUCAUCCACAAUAAUACCAGGACUGAUAUCCCUGUCCCCUGCUCCUCCAGAGUAGGAGUGUAUCUGGACCACAGGGCAGGAACUCUGUCCUUCUACAGUGUCUCUGACACAAUGACCCUCCUCCACAGAGUCCAGACCGCAUUCAUCCACUCAGCCACUCUAUCCUGGGUUCUGGGUUUAUAAAGGAAAGUCUGUAAAGAUACUGACACCUAUUCAGUGAUACAGUCUGCUUGUAUCAAUGUAUUAUAUAGAACAGCAUGAUAUUGUUAGACAUUUAUGUGGAACAGAGUGAGCCAGAGGUCUUGGUUCCUGAAUGACCAUAAACAUAUGAUGAGAGAUGCACCUCAAUGGUGAAGGGAGUUGAUUGACAGCUGAAAUGAACCAAUCAUCACAGAGUUUAGUUUAAUCAGUGUCUAGAAUCCUGCUGAACUAUUUUAACUUUUCGUCUUGAUUUGCAGGAUUUGUUUUGAGUUGGUUGUUUAUCUGUCAACAGAAAUAUAUUUAUAAAUAUAUACCAUGUGUAUUGAAAGCAUUAUUAAAUGUUGUACAAAACAGAUUUUAUUUUGAUUAUAAAAUGUUUUGAAAAUAAUGUAAUUACUGACUUUGUAGAAUGUUUCUGUGUGAGGUGAUUUCAGGUAAACAGAGUAACCUAUUAUCUGUUGUCAUCUAGUGUGAUUGAUGGGGCAGAUAGGUGUUUAUUCACAAAUGUAAUUAACAUUUACUUUUGGUUAAUGUUCAGCAAACAUCUGUUCAGUAUUUUAUUUGUGAUCAUAGAUUUGGGAAUCUUUCAGUAAAAGUCAUUUUUAGACAAAGUAUGUUAUGCUUUGUAGUAAAUUCUACCUGUAAUAGUCUAUAAUUACUAUCCAAUCUAAUUAUGUUACAUUUGGGAGACAUUUUCGAGGGACUUGUUUUUCAAUUUCAAUGAAACUUAAUAAAGGAUUUGCUGUAACUUUGA